UUCGCUGCCUCGAAGGCGUGCCACAGUGACAGAUAGCAAAACACCACCAAUGAAGCACCACCACCACCGCUCGCGCCCACCACACUUCACCCCACCACCACGACGACGCAGCAGCCAUGUCGACUGCGCCAUCCCCUGCAGCGCCAACGGCGGAGCCCGAUACAGGCAACGCAGACACGUUUGCCCUGAGCACGGAUAUGCUGGCCAUCAUCCUUGGCGCGUCCAUUGCAGGCGGCCUGCUGAUUCUCAUUGCUUGGCUGCUGCUGCGCUCAAGAUGCAAGCGACGCGAGCGCGAGCGCGCCGCAGCGGAGCAGGCAAGCGCGUCGCCCUGGAAGAGGCGACGGAAUGGAGAUAUGCGCGCAACCAUCCGAAAGGCAAACGAACUGGCGAUGAAGAAACAUGGGUCUCGGCGGGGGUCUGAGGUCUUCCAGGAAGUUCACAGCUCUGAGCUGCUGCCAGAGACGGUUCACGCCCCCGACGACGGCUUUGGCAAUCCACACGCGCAGCGUCCACUACCGACGAGCAGCGGAAGCCUGCAUCCACCAAGCGCUGGCAUGCGCGGACUUUCGCGCGAGUCACUGGCAGCGCUCGACGUGCGAAACAGAGCCGUCCUGAGUAACCAUGUCAUGACAAAGUUCACGCGCAGCCUUACAGAGACGCUUCUGCGUGAGGACCACGGCAGCAGCGUCACUGCGCCAGAGCCCCGAUCACGCUCGGCAUCGCAACUGUACUCAGAUGACACUGCAAGCUACGUGACAGAGGAGAGCCAGACCGUGAACCACGCAAACUCACGCGGCGCACAACACACCAAGCCAGGCACAUCCUCCCCACUCCACUACCGCUCCUCUGGCAACCAGCCCCACCACCACUACCACCAGCAACAGCACUGUCACCGACAGCAGCAAUAUGCACCACGAUCGCAACACAACCAGCACAGACAGCUUGGACUGCUGCCCGGUCGCUCUUCUCGCCCCGGCGUCCUAUCCAUGGAUAGGCCAAUGCUACACACAGCACUGGCAGCAACGCCAACAACAUCACCCCCACCAAGACAAGCCGUAGCAACACCACCGCCAUAUCCACAGCAGCAGCAGCAACAUCAACAUCAACAUCAACAACAUCAACAACGCGUGGUACACACCUCCUCGUCCUCAUCCUCGUCAAACAGGGCCAGCAAGCCCGUGAGCCGCAACCUGUCUCGAUCCAAUGCUCUGCAGUCCUCGUUCCGCAACGACGUGGACGUCAUAUCUGCAUCCCUGCGCCAGAGCUUCCGCACCCGGUCCCGCCAGCCGUCCGGCCAGGCAUCUCGCGAGAGCAUCCAGCACCCACCACGCUCGCCACAGCCACAACUACCGCCACCGCUUGGCAGUCGAAACGGUACGCGCACCAGCCUCUCAACUGCCUACACGGCACCACACCCAACGAUCCACAGCCACCACCACUACCGCGCUCACGGGCAGCACACUGGAAGGAGCGCUGGCGAAGCCACGAGUCGCAGCGACAGCAGCAGCACCGCGUUGCUUGACACGUCAUAUCACAGUCACGAGCGCUUGCGUGACGAAAACGACACGCGCCUGCGCGGAUUGCGACGUGCAUCCUCAUCACUGAACUAUCCCAGCGAUGAUGGCCUUGAUGAUGAUGGUUCGGAAGAGAGGCUGUUGCGGUCUCGCACGCCACUCGAGGAACCGCUUGAGGCAGACUUUCUGCCCGCCGUGGUCUGUGGUUUGGACAUCAACGAUCCCACAUUCUCAGCACCUUACAGUAACCAGGCAACGAGCGCCGCACUGCGCCGACGCCAAUCAAUGGAAGAAACAGAGGCGUAACCUUGCAACAGAACAGCAACGGACAGUUAGCCAGCUAGCUUGCUUGCCUGCCGAAAGGGCAAGCCCCCCACCCCAACAUCACAUCCGAACUUUCCCCGCUCAUUUGCUGUUUUGCGUGGAUGGCUUGCCCCGCCCCGUGUCUUCGACUGUGUCGUGUUCGUACCUUCUCCAGCAGUAAGUACACUGGUGCACACUUGCUUUGGGCGGUUUGUACUGCUUACCUGGAAACAGGAGUGUUCUCUUUAUUUGUGAAAUGCCUCAAACCAAAGUGCUUCGAAUAUAUCAUCAUCACCACCCA